UGCGUGAUUAAAGCUGCUCUUUGUUUAAAUCCGGAUAAACCACACUCUAAAUUAAGAAGAUCUCAUGUUUUAGCCCCAUGGUGUCAAUUAGGUCUCACACAACCCUAAAACCCUGGUACCAGAGACUAUUUCAGCCUCUGGCACCACAUCAGCUCACCAAAAUUAGGCCUCACCGAAAGAGCUUCAAAUUUGUAGCAAAAAAAGUUUUAAAAAGUUUUAUAGUCGAUGCACAUGCGUGUAACACCCAGCGUUCAUUGUUCCAAUAUGUUUUGCAUUUCAGCUCUAACAGAUCGAACUGAAGACGGAGCUCAUAUGGGAUGCUACAAAGACCUACCUGUGCGAGCCAUGGAAAUCCUUGAAGGAAAAGACUACCUUCUUGACGGCAACUAUACCACAAGAAAAGACGCUGACAGGAAAUGCCUUCUGGUUGGAAGAGGUCGUGGAUAUGCAAUCGUGGGUAUUCAAGAUGGUGGUAUGUGUGUUGGUAGUCCAACGAUGAAAGACUUUAACAAAUAUGGAAUCUCCCGAGAUUGCAAAAGUGAUGGAAAAGGAGGACCUUGGGCCACUGAAGUGCACGCUUUAAAAUGGGAAGAAGAUUUUCUGUCCUUUGUUAAGUACGAAUCACUUGGCUGUUACAAAGACAAAGACAAUGGUGUAAGAGCUAUUCCAUCCAUGGAAGGAAGCGACGUUCUUCUCAAAGAUAGCUAUUCACAGAGAAAUCAUGCUAUUCAAAAGUGCGCUGUGGCAGCCUUGACACGGGGAUAUAAAAUGUUUGCAAUUCAAGAUGGCGGCAUGUGUGUUGGUAGCCCCAGUGCACACAAGGUGUAUGGCAAGUACGGUAAAUUACAGGAUUGUAAAAAUGACGGAAAAGGGGGCGCCGGGGCUAAUCAGGUUUACAAUCUGACAGGAACCAUGGAAGACAUUUUAUCGACGUUUUCAUCUUAUGAUUUGCGAAGGCUAGGAUGUUUCAAGGACUCGCAAGCUCGUGCCAUCCCUAGCCUAGAAGGACAGGACCCCAGUGUGCUAGAUGGUGACUACACUACAAGACAAGAUGCCGUUAGGAAGUGUGCUCUUGCAGCCCAGAAGCGGGAACAUAAAGUGUAUGUUACUAUGUCCGAUGGGCAGUGCGUCAGUGGCGCCGAUACUGCAAAGAAUUUUGCCAGGUUUGGCCACGGCGAGACUGAGUGCUUAGCAAUGGGGGCUAACAACAAAGUGUAUAAUUUUCAUUAUGACAGCGUUGAUGUCCUGCUACCAUAUAUGGAGUACGAGUCUGUUGGAUGCUUCAAAGACUCAAGUGAACGAGCUAUUGAGAGCGUGGAUGGAGAAUAUCUUUUCGAUUUUCCAAGUGGAUCCCUUCUGUACUAUGAUUACAAAACACGACAACAAGCAAUCCAAAAAUGCGCUGUAUUUGCAAAGCUAAAAGGGUACAAGAUGUUUGGGAUUCAAGAUGGCGGUAUGUGUGUUACCAGUGCCAGCGCUCAUGAAACAUACAACAAAUACGGUGAAUCACAAGAUUGUAAAAGCGAUGGUAAAGGAGGACCCUGGGCCAAUCAAGUGUAUCGUUUCCCGGAAAGAAUGAAUGAAUAACCUGUGGAUACUGACAGAACUUGGAUCCUUUUACUGAAGUCCAUACAACAAAAUGUACCUCAGUGUGUUUACACCUAAUUGCAAUAACGUUGUCAGAGGUCUCAAUGGGGUUAACCGUUAGCUGUAAAACGAGGCAAAAAUUUAGCCGUUAAAUUAGGCAUAAAAAGUGGAAGAUAUUUUAGCAGUAAAAAAUGUACACUGUAAAAAACUGUUAGCUACGAAAGUGUAAAUCUCAAGAUGUCUUGUCACGACUUUUCUGUGUCUUAUCUUUUGGCUUGGUGGUACAAGGAAAAGCUGGGAGACUUAAUAUGUGGCAACAAUUCUUAUAACAAUACCUUUUUCCAUCCCUAGAAUGGUCCUUAAAUAUGUUUUACAGUGAUCACAAUAAAUGUUUAACAUUUUUGAGCAAUGAAAAUUAGUUUUCCACUUUUUAAAAGAAUGGUAAUUAAUUUCUAAGAUUUCUGUUCACCGUAAAAAAAAAUAAGUGAACCGUAAAAGGCCAAACCGCUAGCCAUAAAAAAUUACCACCCUAUUGAGACCCUCUUGUUAAAGAAAAA